AUGGACGGUGAGAUCGCUGCCACCCAACUGUCCGAGGCAGAGGGAGCCCCGCUAUCUGGCCACCCGCUUUCCUUGAGAAGCUUGCUGGCAGACGCAGCACGCCUACAAGCCAAAGUUCCAGCCGUCAUAUCUAUGCAUCAAGCCAGUGACCUCCUACCAGCAACCGGCUAUCCGUCAUUGAGGCAGCAAGACUGUUUGACAUGGACCUAUGAGCAACUGGAUGAGGCAUCCCACCGUCUUGCAACCUCACUUUACCGACAUGGUAUCCGUAAAGGCAUGCAGUCCGUUGUGUGUCUGCAUAAUUCCAUUGAAUGGGCCCUAUGGUUCUGGACGUGUGCAAAGCUUGGUACCGCAUUCGUUCCAUUAGAUCCAAAAUCUAUUUCAAGGAAGCCAGAGAUCAGCCAUUAUUUGAAUACUGUACAGCCUGAUAUGCUGGUCGUGACCGACAGAACAGAUGUAAAUACAAUACAAGAGUAUUCUGACGUUGCACUUCCCAACAUCAAGCUGAAGGUUGUCGUAGAAGGUGUUCUCGAUGGGGAGUCGACUUCGGGAUGGGUUUCAUGCAAUGGACUGUUGUUAGAUUCGCAUAGUCCUGACAAAAUUGAAACCUCCAGCAUUGAAGGAGUGGAGGAUCUUGAGAGUGACGUGGUCUUAAUAGUCUUCACCAGUGGCACAUCAGGGCUUCCCAAGGCGUGUCCUCAUACCAACAGGAGUUUAUGGGCGACCUGCACGGCUGGAGUCCAGCGUCGACCUUUGGAGCCAUCCUAUCGUCUGGCACAUCAUUUACCUCCUGCCCACAUGCUUGCUGUGAUCGAAUUGAUCACUUUCUGGACAGCCGGAGCAACGGUUGUUUACCCAUCAAGAGCUUUCGAUGCUGAAUCAACUCUUGAUGCAAUAGAGAUUCACAAAUGUUCUCACAUGUCAGGUGGGGCACCAUGUGGUACUGUCAUAUCAUCUGAGAUUGCAGAAGCUGUUUCGACCAAAUUAGGUGCAACAACACUGGUGGCAUACGGAAUGACAGAGGGCGCGCCGGUUAUGUCGAUUUUUCCGGAGAAAAAAUUGAGCUUCGAAGACGGCUGCAUAAAUGUGGGUAACCUGACAAACGGUACGAAAAUCAAGAUCUGCGAGCCCGGGAAACGGAAGAUCUUGAGGCGAGGCGAAGUAGGGGAGCUGCAUUACAGCGGAGACCUUCUUAUAAGGGGAUAUCUGAACGGAGACAAUACGCCAUUCUAUAGCGACGAGAAGAGGCUGUGGAUCAACAGCGGUGAUGAAGCCAAAAUGAGUUAUGAGGGCGCCAUCUACAUCCUUGGUCGGUACAAAGUCGUUAUCAUCCGGGCUGGCAAGAAUCUAUCCCCAGCUUUGAUUGAGAUAUGUUUGAAUAAAGCGGGCGUGAUUGCCCAGGUCAUUGGCGUACCCGAUGAAAUAGCUGAUGAGCUUCCACUGGCUGUGAUACAACCACUGAAGCCUGGUCCGUUUCCUAUCGAAGCAAUGCAGGCGCUUGUGACCAAAGCACUAGGCGCAGGCCAUGUACCAACAGCCUACCUUACACUGCGAGAUCUAGGGAUGGAAACGUUCCCAACAACGACAUCUGGGAAGAUUUCGAAGGAUGAAUUACGUCACGUCGUGAUGACCUACCUUGAAGCGCAGAAUAGAUUUCCGGAGGAAGAAACGCCAAAUAGAAAUUCUCUAACGUAUUCCUGGCUCGGGCUGAUAGAACAAGCUUUGGUAGAUAUACUCUCGAGAUUACUUGGUCAACCAAAAGAAAGCUUACCCUUGGAUAAACCAAUACAUGAACUGGCUGAUAGCAUCAACAUCCCGCGGUUUCAAGCUUACAUCAAGAGAAAAUUAAAGAAGGACAUAUCGACAAAAGAAAUUUACUGCUCUGAAAGCGUCCAAGCUUUAGCACAAACGUUGAAUGACAGCAAGAGUACGAAUCAAAGCUCGAGGAGGGAUGUACCUAGAAGAGGUCCGCCAACUGCGCAUGACAUGGUACAUACCGGAGGAGAUGAGGCUUUGACUUCGCGGACACGAGAGUCAGUGAGCUUAGCUGUCGAAAGAAUAGGGUUGACGUGGGAUGACGUUGAGGACGUCUUCCCAAUGAUCGCAGUCAAUGCAGAUUACUUCCCAUAA